CUUUGUUCAUUUUUAUUUGCCUUUACGCAGAAGAGAGAGCUGUAUUUUCCAGGUCCAAGUCAUGAUGCAGUCAGACAUAGAGGAAAUCGAAAACCUGAUACAAUACAUACUGCAAAAACCUUAUGAAAAUGAGUCCAUCUCCAUACGCACUGAGGACAUAGAGAUAAGCCAGAUACUGUCAUUUAAGUGCAAUGCAGAAAUCCGCCAAACCCUGAAAGGGCUGUUCGUGUGGCCUGAAACUUCAGGAGGAGAAACUGCGAAUCAAACGUGCCCAAAGAACCCUGACCACUACGCCACUCGACACUGUAAAGGCAUGCUCAAUACCCACUGGAUGGCUCCAGUGCUGGAAGACUGUGCUCCAGUGGUGGAAACCAUCCCUGACCUGUACCAUGUCAGUGUAACUGCCGAUAGUGCUCGGGAUGUGGUAGAUAUGAUUGAAGUUUUACUGAGUAACCACUCCACACUCAACUAUGAGGAACUGGCGAUAGUCCUCAACAAGCUGCAGGACAUCAUUAACGUCAGUGUGGUCACACCAGAGCUGGGCCAAGCUCUUCUCAACAUUAUUUCAAACAUACUGAAAUCUGAGAGCAACCUGGUGCCUUUUACUAACAACAUCCUGAAUAUUACAGAAGCAAUGGGAGACAGGAUAGUGGGUUAUGAGGGUUUCUCCACCCUGGUCGCUCCAGCCAUCGGCAUCACAGUGGUGGAUGUAGUUCCUGGAGAGUUUAACAGUUUAAUGAUUGGAGUGGCGUCUGAUGCAACUGGCAAAAAACCAGAGAUUUUUAUCAACAGGUAUCCCCUCAACAGCACACUGGCUUUCAUCUCCCUCCCAUCUGCGCUGCAGCACUGCUUCCCCCAACGGGGCCCAGACCAGACCCCACCGAGAAUACAGUUUCAGUUCUACGCCAUUGCAUCGCUCUUUAAGGGGACACAAAUGGAUCAGACACUCAACACUUUUGUGGUGGCAGCCAGUGUGACCAACGCCAGCUGUCCAAUCAAAGACCUGGAAGAAGAUAUUGAAGUCACACUCCAACAUCUCAUACCAAACACAGUAGGAGAGCCUUACAAGCAGGUCGAGUGUGUGUACUGGAACUUCAAUAAAAACAAUGGACAAGGAGGCUGGGACAAUUAUGGAUGUCGGAAAUACAACAGCAGCUCUUACUACACAACCUGCCUGUGUGAUCAUCUCACACACUUUGGAGUUCUUCUGGAUGUCGCCAGGACUCAGCUGGACCCUGCUAAUGAGCAGAUCCUGACCAUUAUCACCUAUCUUGGUUGUGGAGUCUCGUCACUCUUCUUGGGAAUCACUGUUCUCACGUACACAGCUUUCGAAAAGCUUCGUAGAGACUACCCCUCUCAGAUUCUCCUCAACCUCUCUCUGGCCCUGCUGGGCUUGAAUCUGGUGUUUCUGGUCAACUCCUGGCUGUCCUCCUGGGGUCUGUACCCUCUCUGCGUGGCUGUGGCCUCCACCUUGCACUACUUCCUGCUUGCAUCAUUCACCUGGAUGGGAUUAGAGGCCGUUAACAUGUACUUUGCCCUUGUUAAAGUAUUCAACGCCUACGUGCCCUCUUAUAUGCUCAAGUUUUGUCUUCUGGGAUGGGGGCUUCCUCUGGUGAUUUGCAUCCUGGUGCUCAUCGUGAACAGAGAGGCCUACGGCAGUCACAUCUACACAGACACUUCUUCUUCUACCUUACAGCUGCUGGACAACUCUGAUAACUUCUGCUGGCUCCAGGACGAUGUGACAUUUUAUGUGUCUGUGGUUGCCUACGCUGUGUUCAUCUUUCUCUUCAACACAGGGGUUUUUGUGGUGGUUCUAAUCCAGAUUCGACGUAUGCGAGCCAACAGCCCGGCAGGGACCAGGAGUGGAGUCAUGCAGGACUUGAAAGGAGUUGCCAGUCUAACCUUGUUACUGGGGCUAACAUGGACUCUUGGCUUCUUUAGCUGGGGGCCAGGCAGAAUAGUUCUGCUGUACCUGUUCUCUGGACUCAACAGCCUGCAAGGACUUUUCAUAUUCUUCUUCCACUGUUUAAUGAAGGAGAACGUCAGGAAACAGUGGAGGAUUCACCUCUGCUUUGGACGUUUUCGUCUUGAGGAGCACUCUGAAUGGAGCAACUCGGCUUCGAUUGGAGCUCAGGCAAAGCCCAAAACAAAUCCUCCAGGAGCAUUAAGACCAUCAGUCGGCUCAACUAAGUCCUCCUCCACAGAAAGCACGUCAGCUUCCUCCAACUACAGCCAGCGAGAUUCAUCCUGCAAGAGACCAGACCUGGGCCUUUUUAUGAAUUCCUUGGCGCUUCCUCAAGCUCAGAGAAGCCCUUCGGGUCCAGGAGGUCCGCCUUCCUGCAGAGGGGUGAGCCGAACACCUGGCUGGAGGAAUCACAUGCUUCACCAGCAAGAAUAAAGAAGAGCGCAACAUAUUAACUACCACUAAAAAAAAAAAAGGAAAAAAAAAAGUUUGGGUCACUCAGAUUUGUCUUAGUGUUUAUCGUGUUUAAUUAUUGUAGCUGUAAAAAAAACCCAAAAAACGAUUUGUGUGUCUGCAGCACCAAUCUGUGUGAAUGACGUUGUUUUG